CUUAAUUAAAAUAUCAUUAAUUAAAUAUGGGAGCAGCUAUUGCAGUAAGAAAUAGACAUUGGUGGUUUAGAGGAUUAUAUGAUGAUUAUAUUGGAAGAGAAACAAGACUAUCAUUUGGUUUAGCAGCUAUUAUUUGGAUUCCUCAUUAUGUGUAUAUUUAAUAUUUAAUUAUAUUUAGUUAUGGAGUCUAUUUAAAUAGAACAAUUGAAACUAAUACUUCACAUAAGAUUUAUUCUAUGGAAGUUGGACCUUCAAGAAAUAGAUUGACACAUUCAAUGAUCUUUGAGCAAUUUGAAAUGGUUUUGGAAAAUUGGGAAGAACUCAAUAAAGAAUAUGCAGAAAAAGGAAAAAAAAUGCUUGAAGAAUGAUAAUGCCAAUCUACAUUAAUAAUAAAUACAAAACAAAAUAUUU